AGAAUGAUUUGUAAAAGCUUACUUUUUUUGUUAUUGCUUGGUGUUUUGAAAACAUCAGAUGGAUACUCAUCAGGAGCUCCUUCGAGUGCAUGUGAAGAUAUGGUGCCUCAGCAUCACACACCACCACAGACUUCUCCCUUUCCUUAUGCCGUAGUUUUAAACAAAAAGGAAGUUAAAAGUGGUGAAAGUGUUACGGUCACAAUAACAGGAACCGAAGCCGCCAAAAAUUUCAAAGGAUUUUUUGUACAAGCUCGAGUUGGAGAUGUAGCCGUUGGUAAAUUUCUUAAAACUAAAAAUGUAGAUUUAGUUAACUGCGGAGACAGUAAAGAAUCUGGGGCUACACAUGACUCUUCUGAUGUAAAAGAAAAAGUUGUUCUCACAUGGAACGCACCUGAAGGUCUAUCAGAAACAGUUAGAUUUAGAGUUACAGUUGCAAAAGAUGGUGGCACUUUCUGGGUUGGUCAUCUAACAGAACCAGUGGUCGUAAAAGCCAACUAAGUUUUUUUUGCAAUAAAUUAUGCAUUUAUUAAUAAUAAAACAUGUUUAUAAAAAUUUUGUAUCGAGAAUAAAAAUGCUUUCAUUACAAAAUUUAUGCUAAUAAAAAUAUAUAGCAUAAUUAAAUAUGAAA